AAAGAAAGCCGUGUGAAUGAUCCGGCGAAGGCUAGCAGCGAGAGCUCGCACGGCGCCACACGAUGACAGCGAUUUGAUGCGCCUGGAUCACCCGGGCCUCGUUUCUUUCCUGCAGUCCUGCGGUGCCAAACGAGACUUGGAAGAGGGAAGGCGAGCUCACGCGUUCUUGGAGAGGAGCAAUCGCGAGCCCAAGUUCAUGAAUCUCCUCGUCAAAAUGUAUGGUCGGUGUGGUAGAGUCGAGGAAGCCAGCAUAUGCCCAAAAUGGGCAUCCACACGAGGCGCUAGGGCUCUUGAGGAGAAUGGAUCUAAAUGGGACGCCGCCGGACAAGGUCGUGCUCAGCAUCGCGGUCACUGCCUGCGCCAGCAUUUGCGCGCUCUCCCUCGGCAAGCAGAUCCACCAUCGCGUGGCGACCCUGGGCGUGAUCGACGAUUUCUUGCGCUCUUCCCUCAUCAAUCUCUAUGGCACCUGUGGCGAGAUCUCUCUGGCCAAGAGUGUGUUUGAUUCCAUGGCGGCAGGGGCCACAAAUCUCGUGUGCUGGGCCACGAUG